AUGACGCCUCGCGCCAGGCGGGCCCAAAAAGCCGCCGACUUCGAUAUUUUUGAAGAUAAGAUUCACUCACAAGAGUCCUCAUCCGAUUGGCUUGAAUGGGACUGCAAGCCCAGCCCGGCUGUUACCUCAAUUCCUAGAAGUCCUGCAGGGGGACCCUCGACCUACGAUACCACCGAAAGCGACCCCCUUAUUAUCCCUAACCCCGAUCUCUCCCUUAUACGGGGUCAAGUUGAGAGGCACCUGGCAGGUCAGUUUGAAUGGAUCGUCACGUAUUCCGGACCAGGUUCAUCGGAGGACAACAACGACAACAACAACGUUGGCAGCACCGAGGACAGCCACUCCGUUGAAGCAGAAUAA